ACCCAGCUGCGCCGCUGGUGAGUGCUGGAGGGCAGUUCCCACCUGCCCCCGAAGCCAGCCGUGCCCCCCCAUGGAGGCUUGGGGCCCCACUCCCCUGUGGAGGGGCCACAUAGGGCCCCAGAAUUGCUAGGGAUGACCCUGCUCCCAGCAGUUAAAACAAGGAAGACAACACUGUGUUCAAGUGCACAGAAGAAAAUGUCUUUUCCUGGUGGGAGUUCCUUGCUUUGGACCCUGAUUUGUGCAGCAUGGGUGAUCGCAAUUCUAGUUGAGGGACAACAAACCAAACAACCAGAAGUGGUUACCAAAUAUGGGCCACUGAAAGGGAACGUCAAGGGAACUGACAGACUUACAAAUGUGUUUCUUGGAAUUCCUUUUGCAAAACCACCUGUGGGAGCCCUGAGAUUUUCCCCACCACAACCAGCUGAACCAUGGAUCAGUGUGAGAGAUGCAACUUCUUUUCCACCAACGUGCUCACAAGACCAGGUGAUGCUGGAAAAAUUUGAAGAAAUUUUUCCAACUAAACAACUUAACUUUCCAAUUUCUGAAGACUGUUUGUACCUGAAUAUUUAUACACCUGCCCAUUCCAAUGAGAAAGCCAAGUUACCUGUUAUUGUGUGGAUCCAUGGAGGAGAUCUGUUGAUGGGUGGAGCUUCAAUGUUUGAUGGGUCUGGAUUAUCUGCCUAUGAGAAUUUGGUGGUGGUAACUAUCCAGAAUUGAUUAGGUAUCACUGGAUUCUUUAGUACUGGUGAUGAACAAGUUCAUGGAAACUGGGGCUUUUUGGAUCAAGUGGCAGCGCUCCAGUGGAUUCAAGAGAAUAUCAUACAUUUUAGAGGAGAUCCAGGAUCUGUCACAAUAUUUGGAGAGUCUGCAGGAGGCAUUAGUGUUUCUGGCCUUGUUCUCUCUCCUUUGGCCAAGGGCUUGUUCCAUAAAGCCAUCUCUGAGAGUGGAGUUGUACUUCCUUCUGCUGUGUUCAGUUCACAUCCUGAAGUGAUUGCUAAGAUAGUCACUAACAUAACUGGCUGUGACACCUCCAGUUCAGCUGCCAUGGUUCAUUGCCUAAGGAAGAAACCAGAAGAAGAAAUGAUUUUGAACUUUCAACAACAGCAAGUCGGAAUUAUUCCAGCAGUUAUAGAUGGCAUGUUUAUUCAGAAGAACCCUGAAGAGUUAAUGGCUGACAAAGACUUCAGUGCUGUCCCAUAUAUAAUAGGAAUAAAUAAUCGUGAAUAUGGCUGGAUGCUUCCUUUCUCAUCCGACAUACCUGGCUUGAAGGAGGGGAUGCAUAAAGAAACCAUCCUCUCAACAUUACAAAUGUUGCACCCGUUCUUGUCUGUGCCAGCUGAAUUUGUGUCUCUGAUAACAGACGAGUAUCUGGGAGACACAGACGACCCUGUCGCUCUGCGGGACCAGUUUCUGGAUUUGUUGGGAGAUGCAAUGUUUUUAGUUCCAGCUAUAAAAACAUCUAAUUAUCACAGAGACUCUGGCUAUCCACUCUACUUUUACGAAUUCCAACAUCGUCCAAGUUCAGCAAGUUUCAAACCAGAUUUUGUAAAAGCGGAUCAUGGAGAUGAAAUUAGUUUUGUCUUUGGAGGAGCAUUUCUUACUGAUGAGACUUCACUGUUUGCUUUCAGAGAUGCUACGGAGGAAGAGAAACACCUCAGCAGGACAAUAAUGAAAUAUUGGGCUAACUUUGCUCGAAAUGGAAAUCCUAAUGGCAAAGGUUUGGUGGAAUGGCCAAUGUAUGACAUGAAUGAACAAUACCUGGAAUUGAAUUUACAGCAGAAGGAAGCAAAGACUCUGAAAGGGAACAGAGUGGAGUUCUGGACAAAGACUCUGCCUGAAAAAAUCAAGAAAAUGAAGGAAAAGAAAGAGCAUCCAGAAUUAUAAUUCAUAAUGUGUGGGGGAGAAAGGGUGCCUCUGUGUGUGUGUGUGUGUGUGUGUAUGUCACAAAAUAAAAUCAGAUACAAUUGGCUUAAAUGUGAGAAAUUAACAAAUUCUGGAGUCUUAUCCAGAGAUUUUUUUAUACUGUUUCAUCUAUCUGGUGUAGGGAUCAGCUUGCAGAAUGCUUUGACACCCAUAGGAUUCAUUGCUAGCGCCAGCAGAAGAUCUUCCAGAUAAGUUAAACAAGGCACUAGCAUAGAUUUUUGACAUUGAAGUCAUUCCUUGGAAAAAUAACUCACCGAAGGAGGAUCACCAAAGGUGCUCAAGAGUGAACUAUGUGUGACAGGGUGCAGCGUCCCCAGUAAAGGAGGACUUAACAUCAGUUCAGCUCCUCCCCUUGCAGACGUGCCCCUGGGAAGGACAAUACACUGGUGCUUGGGAAAUGGUUGGACCCCCAGCUUGGGGGCAUUUUAUUUCAUUUUCUGUUAUGUUUUUGUUCACCUUUUCACAUUACAAACAU